AUGGCAGAGGCCUUGACCGGCGACUGGAUCAAUGGGCUUGGGCCUGAGGAGUCCGGCGAGACUCCAGCAGAAGAGCCGGAGGAAAGCGAAGCUGGGCCGAAUCGACGAGACCGCAGCAAGCAACACAAGUUCAACGUGUUGCUCGCAGCAGGAGCAGUGCCAGAGAAGAUGAAGACGGAGUGGGAGGCUUUGAGUGCCGGCGGCGGCAAGAGGAAGAACCUGACGAAGUUUAUCGAGGACUCAGUGAGUCGUGACCCCGAGACAGGGAAGCUUGCCCUCGCCUGCGAAGCCGCAGAAGUGACGGGGGAAAGCAGUCUGGAGAAGAAGCAGUCCACUGGGUGGGGAGACAAGGGAUUGCCGAGAACGGAGUGGGAGGCUUUGAGUGCCGGCGGCGGCAAGAGGAAGAACCUGACGAAGUUUAUCGAGGACUCAGUGAGUCGUGACCCCGAGACAGGGAAGCUUGCCCUCGCCUGCGAAGCCGCAGAAGUGACGGGGGAAAGCAGUCUGGAGAAGAAGCAGUCCACUGGGUGGGGAGACAAGGGAUUGCCGAGAACGCUCUUUAAAGGGCGCUUUGGGUUGUCGGAUGAGCAGCUCAGGGCCGCGAUCUUGAAUGAUGAAGUCUCCGUUGUCACCCAAGACAACGUGGUGUUCUGUCAAUGGCGAACCUUGAAGUCCACUUCGAUGGACGAGCGAAAGAACGUGGCAAACAUCAAGUCCGAGGCUCUGAGAGUCUCUGGGUCCCAAGCAGGACAACUCCAAAACCUGUUCGACAGUGUGUCGAUGGAAAGGCCUGAGCCGACAGAGGAGGACCUCAGAAACGCCGCUGCCGCUGCCUCAUCGGCUGCUCCGCCGACCGUGGCGGUGCCAACCAUCAAAGCCAUCGAGGACAAGAAGGAGGAGCCUGCCGUGCCAGCGGCCUUGUCAGAGGCCGACUGGUCGAAAGCGGACGGGCUCCUAAAGAAGGCUGAAAGCGCCGUCGAGAAGCUCAAGAAGGUCCUCGCCACCAUCCAAGCUCUGACGGACAAGAAAGCUUUGCUGGAGCAUGUGCGAUCUUUCCAGGACCAGAGAGAUGUGUACAAGUGCCAGCUGUGCAGCCAAGUGGUCGAGGAGAUCACUGGCUGGAGUGGCCAGUUGAAGGUGCAAGCAAUACCUGCUGCAGCAUUGCAUGAUGCCAGAGAACGAACUGUGACUGACCUCGAGCCCCUCGCCAAGCUUGGAAGCUCCGGUCAACACAGCAACAAUGUCAACAGGGACUUGAUGAGAUUGGUCGGGCAGGAGCCACUGAUGUACAAUCCCAGUCGCACCACUUUGCGAAAAAAUGCUUCUGAAGUGCCCGUGCCCGUCGACGGAGUGCCCAGCGACGAGCAUGCCUACACCAUCAGCCUGCCACACGAGUUAUUUAGCAGCCUCUACCACAAUUACAAGGCAGCAUGGAAACAAGUGAUCAUGCCUGGACAGGCGUUUUUGGAUCGCUUUUGGAAGUCGGCCAGAGGGCUGCCGCAGUGGGAGGGCCACCCACUGGCAUCGGAGCCAUCCCAUCAGGUGAGAAAAAUCAUACCAUUAUCAUUGCACGGGGACGAAACACCGGUGCUGGCCAAGGGGAAGAUUUGGUCCUCUUCAGCCUUAGUGAUGUCAUGGGCUUCCCUUUUGGGUAGCGGCUCCACGAAACAAAGCCAGCUCUACAUCUGGGCCGCCUGGCACAAGUCAUUCUCCAAAGAGACGAAUGAUGACCUCUGGAGUCUUUUACUCUGGUCUUUCGAAGCCUUGUGGUCCGGCGUUUUCCCGAAAAAAGACUGGCGAGGAUAUGAUUUCGAUCCCCACAGUCCCGAGGGACAGCGAGCUGGCCAAUACCUCGCGGACGGCUAUAGAGCUGUCUUGGUGGCUAGCUGUGGAGACCUGGACUACAUGGCACAGUUCCAGGGCCUUCCCCGGUGGAAUUCCAAUUCCCCUUGUUGCUUGUGCCAGUGCCAGAAGAAAGACCGCAGUUGGCACUGCUUUGCGGAGGAUGCCGCAUGGAGGACAACUCUGUGGACCCCUGCUGCUUGGAAAGCAUGGCCGAGCCGAAGCAUGAACAGGAUGUUCCAGAAGGACCUCUGCUCUGUGCUGGUGGUCCAUUUUGACCUGAUGCAUUGCCGGUACCUUGGCUAUCUCCAGCAGCUCUAUGGAUCGGUUUUUUGGGUCCUCUGUGAGGAGACGAUGCAUGGGAGUCCAAGCGACAAUCUGCAUGAACUCUGGGGUUUUCUGAAGACAUACCAAUCCACCCACAAGGUGCACAGCCCGUACUCCCAGAGGCUGAACAAGGUCAGCAUGUACAAGAAGAAGACCGACUUUCCGAAGCUUCGUGGAAAAGCGGCGGAGAUCAAGGACAUGGCAGCAGCCGUGCGGGCAAUGUGGGGUCAUUUUGGUGUUCCUGGUCAGGACUUCCAAGAGAUUGGGUUACUCUUGGAUUUGACAUGCAAGUUCGAGGAGAUACUGGAGGAAUGGCCCAUUGCAGACGGCUAUUUCUGCCUUCCUGCCGAAGCUGCAGACAGACUGAAGACGAACUUUCGGGACUUCGCAUGUUUGUAUGUCAUGGUCGGGGAUCGCUUUCGCAGCGAAGAUCGUCGGGCCUUCAAUCCUACAGAAAAGAUGCAUGCCUGCGAGCAUAUCGUCAUGCUCAGUGACUUGAUUCAUCCUGGCCUCACAUCUUGCUGGCGAGGGGAGGACAGAAAUGAAUGGUCUCCUGCUUUAUAA